AUGAUCUCUAUACUUCUUCUGUUGAUCUUAUUGACAAUCAAUGAUACAAAUUCAUAUCAAUGUAGCAAAAAUUUAACUUCAUCAACUUGUCGUCAAAAUCAUGCUGGAAUCUAUUAUAUUUAUUUAAAUUCCAGUGAUCAUUCGUAUUAUGAAUUGAUUUCACUUAAUUCUGAAGGUAGUUUUAUUAUUCUUGGUUCAGAUCAACAAUCUGCUGCAGCAUCAACAACUAAAAGUGCAGUUGUACAACCUUAUAGUGAUAUUUUAGGAAAAUGGACGUGUGAAGUACAUGAUCAUUUAACUAAGAUCUUAAUUAAUGGCUAUAAUUUUGUUUAUAAAACAAAAGUUUUAAAGAAUUAUGCAGUAAUUGAAAAAUAUACAUUAACAUUGGAUCAUAAUUCAAUGAAAAUUCAAGGUCAACAAAAAUUUACCUUUGUUACUUUAAAUGCAACUCAAUCUUUCAAAGAAAGAAAAAGUCAAAAAGAACCAUUCUUAUUCGAUAUUAAUGGUUAUCAAGUUGAAAAAUAUUGUGUAUCAGAAUCAAAUUAA